AUGUCUCCCAAAUCAUUGUUCGUUGUGGAGCAGGAGGACCAGAACUCGAACCGGUUGGUGGACUGGGAUGAUUAUGUUGGAGGAGAUGUUUGGAGGGAGAUUGAGAACAUGGUGGCAUAUGAAGGGCUGGAUGGGGUGGAGUGGCAUGAGCGAUUCUCGAGAUGGGAAUUGAGGAUGACUCGAGCUGGCUUUCGACCGGUCCGAAUGUGGUACAACUCAGAUGAAGAUGCCAAGCAAAUGGUAGGACUGCAGGAUGAGAGUAAACAUGCUGCAAAGGUGCCAAUGGUUCUUGCUGUUACACUUGAUUGGUUUUCAGUCAUAACAGAAGUACAGGAGGAAAUCACUGGAUAG